AUGCUAGUGAAGCUUUUGCUCAUCUGUAAUACAAUAGGAUUGGCAAAGCUGGUCAAACACUCAGACCAUCACGGAUAUCAUGAUGGUUCAGUGCACAGCUCAAAGCCGCAAAUUUAUAAGACCUCUGCAUACCCCCAGAGGACUGCUCUGUCACACAAGGAAGAAGGUUACUGGGAGGUAGAAGGGCUUAGGGAAGAUACUCAAGAUUACCCUUCAAGUGUGAUCUCCUCACAUCAGGAAGAGAGAGAGGAUUUUGAAGCCGCGAGCCCACAGUCCCGAAAUGGGAACUGGUGUUCCUUCAUGCAGUCCCGGCUGGUAACAUACAUAGAAGCUUGCAUGAAGGAGAAGUACAUUGUCAACUCCCAACAGCCCUGUCUAAAUGGAGCACCAGACUGCCAGAAGAUCAUGUACAGGACAGCUGUGAAGCCAGUCUAUCAAAUGAAACAGAAGGUUUUGAAGUCUUUGCAGUGGAAAUGCUGCCCUGGAUUUAUUGGCAAGGACUGUGAACAGCGUGAUCCCAAUUUUAUUCUGGUGCCAGGAAAUCAAACUGAAGGACGGGAAGAAGAGGAGUUCUCAAACCACAUGUCAACAUCAGUGGAUUCAAGAGAAAUGUUGGAAGUCAUUCAAAAUCAUGAGGCUAUACUGGAUGAUCUUCAAAGCGAUAUUCAUCAAGCAGUCAGCAACUUAGGUGACUUACAGAGAAUAUUUGAAAACAACGGUACAAGCAUGGUGUUAGAAGUGAACCAGAGCAAUUCAGAUCUACAGGAAAGGCUUCUGCAGCAAGUUUUGUUUCCGCAUGUGGAGAAUUUUCUAAGGAAACAUUUUAACCCAAUGUGGGCAAGCUUCAACAGAAGCUUACAGAACCUCUCGAACAUGGUAAAAAACCUGUCCCAUGACGUGGAAGCCAACAAGAAAAGCAUAGAAAGAUUCCAAGAGAGCACUGUGCCCAAGAAGGAAUUCCAGGAGCUGGGAACUAAGUUUGAAUCAAAAGUCCAAGAAAACGUAGCGAAAGUUGAUCAGGUGAAAAGAGAUAUAGAGAACCAAUUGCAAAAGCAGCAGGCUAGUAUUCACUAUAAUCUCACCAUGAUUAAGGCAGACACCGACACAAAGCUCAAGAAGUUUCAUAAGAUACAGCAAUCCCAUUUCUUAGCUUUGAACAACAGCAUAGCAAACAUGAAACAAGAGCAAAACAAUCUUGAAAAUAAAUUCGAGACUUUGAAAAAAAAUUUAUCAGAACUCUCCUCACAUCAUGGUCCCAAAGACGAAAAUACCCAGCUAACCAUCAGACAAAUAAAUGACAUUCUGGCAGGGCAUGCAAAGCAGCUCAAAGAACUUUACAUGGAGUCAGAUGUGGCCUUUCAGAAUAUUGCAGUUUUAGAGAGGUGGUUUAAGGAGUUAAAAAAAAAUAUCUCAAAGUAUCGGCCAGAAGAUCUUACAAUAACUUUAAUGGAGAAAUCACUUAUUAUGGAAGAAAACAAAGCAGCAAUGGAAAGGCAGAUAUCAGAGCUCAACUAUACUCUCUCAAAUCUUCGGGAAAACUAUUCAGAUCUGUUGAGGUACAUGGAGGAAUGUAAUUGCCAGAGAAUAUCUUCUGACACUGACGUACUGGACGAAGAUUUGAAGAAUAUCACUUAUUCCCUUGAAGGCACCCAAUCAAACUUCAAGGAUAUGAAGCACUUAGAGUCAGUUUUCAGAGAUCUCUUGAGGAAUGAAAUUGAAGAGCUCUCCUCAGCUUUUCCAUCUAUCCAUCAGUCCCUCAAUCUCCGUCAAGAAGAAAACAGACAGCUUCAGUCACAAGUUAUGGCUUUUUCAGAAGACAUAGGCUUCUUGAAGAAGAAAGAUGAAGAAAUUCAUCGACACAUCAAGUAUCUCAACAGUUCUUUCGUCUCUCUUUUGGAAGAUGCCAUGCGGCAUGAGGUAGCACUGGAGGCUUUACUGGGAGAAGAAUUUAUGGAAGUCUUGUUUGAAGAAGAUCCUAGUAUCCCAAUAUCAUCAGUAUUUCAGCUGCAAGAAUCUCUCAGACAUAUCUCAGAUAAACUCCAAGAACAAAAUGUGACUUUAGAAUCUCUUAUAAAGGGAUUUCAUCUCUCGGAGAGAGGUCAACAGAAAAAUCAUGAUGCUCAUACACCUCCUAGGCAUCCCAAAGAAGAAACGCAAACAUCCUCUACUCUACAUGAAGUUAGUAGUCAACGCAGCAUCGUAGAACAUAUGGAACCUAACUAUGAGGCUGCCAAAGACGACUCCUUGGAUAGCUCAGCUUAUAACGAUAUCAUGACUCUGAAGAAUGAUAUCAAACACCUGAGCCUGGCAAUCAAGAGGCAAGAAUCCAGAAGUGACACAAACCUCUGCUGCAAUCAUACUAUAGCACAUGUAAUUGAGCCACUCAACAUUUCUGUGGAAAUUCUCUCAGCAGAUUUAGCAACCAUCAAGCAGAAGCUGGAGGAACAUCUGCUGAUUUUUAAAAAGCUAUUUGGAAGCAAUGAAGAAUUAGUUGCCUCAAAUGUAAGUCUGGAUGUUACAAAGAUUCAGUCAAUGCUGACCAGAAAAGUGAGAAGGCAACAGAAAGGUCAAGACAAGCAAAGAGACAAGAAAAAGCCUGAGAAGCACAGAGAAAAUAUGCAAAUGACAAGUGGAAGAAAUACAGCGCACACAGAACUUUUGGAAAAAGACUCACUGGUGGCAUUCCAUGUGGGAUUCUCAGAAGGAAAGGAUAAAGAAAAAACUCUGAGGUUUAAUGAAACUUACCUCAAUUAUGGAAACAGCUAUUUCCCUGAACAUGGCUACUUUAAAGCACCGCAUAAAGGUGUCUACCUAUUUGUCAUCUCUGUGGAGUUUAGUUCAGGACCGGCAUUAGGACAACUCUCCUUUAGCCGUGGGUACAAAAGAACUCUCUCAAGUAGUCAGAGGAAAACACCAAAUGGCAACACCAUGACUACUUUUGCUAUGGCAGAAAUGGAGAAGGGGGAGAAAGUAUGCUUUGAAUUGCUGCAGGGCUCUGUAGUGAAACGGAGUCCACCUGGGACAACAAUGGGUGGAUUCCUAAUAUUUAAAACUUGAAUAGUGAUUUUGUUUUAUUGAUAUCUUUCCAUAGAUGCAAUGGAUCAAUUCACUAUUGCUUCAUCUGUGAUGUAGUCAAUCCUACUGCAUGUGUUUAAACAUAGCACUA